AUGACGAAAUCAGGGGAAGAUAUCAGAGUUCUACUCUUUGGGCUCGGAGCCGUGGUAGCAAGAUCCAACUACCAACAAGUCAAAGACCACGGUCUAGCUAUCGAAAGCGAGAACCAUGGCAACCAUAAAGUCAACAUCGACCAAGUCUACAAAUCGCCAGACGAAGUCACAUCGCCAUUCGACUACAUAGUCUGCACCCACAAAGCAGUAAAUCCAGAUAGGAUACCACCGCUUCUCAGAUCUGCUGUAGGCGACCAAACCACUUUCGUCAUUAUCCAGAAUGGUGUUGGUAAUGAGGAGCCCUUUCGAACCACUUUCCCGAAUAACAAAAUAAUCAGCUGUGUGACCUGGGUAGGAGCCAUCCAAACUUCGCCCGGAGUUAUCAAACACACAAAGUCAGAAGAUAUGCAAAUGGGUCUAUUCCCCAAUCACAAUGUUGCCCAGCAUCUCGAGCAAAACAGGCUAGACACAUUUGCAGCACUGCUCAAAACCGGAGGAACAAUCUUCCAAGUCGAGAAGGAUAUCCAGAUCAAGCGAUGGGAAAAAGUCACCUGGAAUGCCGCUUGGAACUCGAUAACCACACUCACGGAUGUCAACACUCAGGAUUGGCUAAAAUCAUCACCUCAAGCAAUGGCCAUUACCAAGCGACUGAUGCACGAAAUCAUCGAUAUAGCAAAUCGAUGCAACGUACCUCUUGAGCACAAAUUAGCAGACCAACUGGUGAACAAGAUACUAGCUAUGCCUGGUAUCUAUUCAAGCAUGCAUACGGAUAUGAAGGAAGGAAGGCCUUUGGAGGUUGAUGUCAUCUUGGGGUAUCCGAUCAAGAAAGCGAGCGAGUUUGGCAUGGAUGUACCGGUAUUGAGUACCAUUUAUGCCUUAACGACUGCUGUGAAUGGAAGGUUGAGCAAGUUGUGA